CUGGCGGAGGGGCUGGAGACGAUCCGGCGGCCGGUGUCAGAUUUUUACACCCCGGAGGAGAUGGGCGUGGAGAUGAGGAAGCCCAAGAAGGCGAAGAAGAGGAAGCUGAGGCAGCGGAAGGAGGGUGUGCUGGACAUCGUGGAGGAGUUGGAGAGGCAGGCCGAGGAGGGAGGGGGGGCCCAGGGCGGGAGGGACCACGGGUCGCGCAAGGGCCGUGGGGAGCGCGCAGAGCAGAAGGAGAAGGACUGGGAGGCCAGGCGGUCUGUGAAGGCGGCGAGGUACGAGCAGGCGCUGGAGGCAGCCAACAUUCAGUCGGAGAGGCUCAAGCAGUUGGCGGAGGAGGCAGCCGAUGUCAGUGAUGAGGAGGACGAUGACAUCCUGCUGAGGGCACGGAAGGUGGCACAGAAGUCAGAGAGCUCCACUCAACGGUUCGAGGCGAUGGCGGACAGUGCCCGAGAGCGCCGGCUGAAGCAGUCCAAGCGCAAGGAUGCUGUGGACCAGGCCCUGCUGUUCACAGACACCACCGAGUUCUGCAGGACGAUCGAGCUGGGCGAGUCAGCUGCGGAUGGCGGCCAGGGGGACGCCAUGCAGAUCGACGGCCUUGAGAUGGAUGGCACAAAGACCACCGACACAAAGGAUGUCGUUGUGAAGGAGGUAAAGGUUGAAGACGACAAGGCGGGUCUGGGGGCGUCCUCGUCAAAGCCUGCACAGAGGAAGACUCCAGGGUCCCGGUGGGGUAACUGGGUGGUGGCUGAUGCAGACGAUGGCGGGGAGGAGGCUGCUCGGCCAGCACCAUCACGGCCCACCCAGCCAGCUGCUGACCCGGCACAGGACAACCCACUCAGGGACAGGCCUCUGGGCAAAGGCGUCGGUGCGGCACUGGAGAUGUUCCGCGACAGGGGUGAGCUGGCGCACAAGUUCGACUGGGUGGGCCGCACAAACGACAUGAAGAAGGGGCGCCUGAUUGGCGUGGACGAUGUGUACACGGGGGGGGCCAACGACGACCGGCUGGCGCAGUCCAUCGAGGCCGCCCUCACGAGGAAGGACGAGACUGGGCGCAUCCUGACGCCCAAGCAGGCGUUCCGGGAGCUGUCGUACGCGUUCCACGGCAAGGGGCCAUCGAAGAACACUGUGGAGAGGCGCACAAGGAAGAUGAAGGAGGAGUACCUGCGGCGGCGGAACAACCUGAACCAGGAGCAGCAGCUGGAGCAGCUGAAGCGGAUGCAGAAGGUGCAGAAGAGCGCGUUUGUGGUGCUGGCGGGGAAGGGGAGGGUGGGGGUAGAGGCUGGGCGGGUGGAGCCAUCCAAGAACAAGAAGAAAGUGGUGGUGGGGGCGGAGGGAACGACGCCUCUGACAGGCAAGAAGAAGGUGGAAGUGAUGCUGGGAUUAGGGAAGGGCGGGCCGGAGGGGUCCAUGGGGCCCCCCGCACCAAGGGGUGGGAGGGGUGGGCAGCAGUGA